UGUCAGUUGGAUCGGUGGCCCUCGUCCCCAGUCCGUCACAAUGUGGUCCCUCGCGGUAGCAGCAGAGCUCCUCCUGCUCGCCGGAACAGCCUCCGCCCUCCUCUUCCAGGACCUCCGGCCCCCCAAGCCCGACGUCGACCUCGACAACAACUUCCGGAUCGCCGCCGCAGCCAGCACUCCCACCUACGGCACCUUCCAGCAGCUCAUCGACCACGACCACCCGGAGCUGGGCACCUUUUCCCAGCGCUAUGUCUGGAACGACGAGUUCUACGCCGGCCCCGGCUCGCCCAUCAUCCUCAUGGGGCCCAACGAGAGCGCGCUGGACGGGUACGAGCGCUACACCACCAACCUCACCCUCCCCGGCGUCAUGGCUCAGGAGCUCGGCGCGGGAGCCCUCAUCAUCGAGCACCGCUACUGGGGCCAGAGCUCGCCCUUUGACAGCCUCACGACGGAGAACAUGAGGUAUCUCACCCUCGAGCAGUCCGUCCAGGACCUCGUCUACUUUGCGCAGAACGUCGUCCUGCCCUUCGACCAGAACCGCACCAGCACGCCUGAUAAGGCUCCUUGGGUUCUCGUCGGGUGCUCCUACAGCGGUGCCCUCGCUGCCUGGGUUCAGGAUCUUGCCCCGGGCACCUUUUGGGCGUAUCAGUGCUCCAGUCCCGUCGUCGAGGCGAUUGGGCCCCUGUGGAAGUACUUUGAGCAGGUGAAGCUCGCGAUGCCGCAGAACUGCACGGCGGAUUACGCGCGCAUCGUCCAGUAUAUCGAUGGGGUUCUGCUGGGCCACAACCAAAAGGCCAAGGACGAGUUGAAGGCAUCGUUCAACCUGGGGGAUGUGGAGCAUGACGAUGAUUUUGCCGCGGCGUUGGUCAGUGGGCUUUAUACGUGGCAGAGCGUCUUGUUUUCGGAUGGAUAUAGCGCGACGAACCGAAUGUGCGAUUAUGUCGAGAACCAAUGGCCGGGUAGCACUGCUCCCGCUCCUGGAAAGAACGGCGUUGGACUGACAAAGGCUCUGGCUGGAUAUGCCAAGUGGUUCACCACCCUCAGUCUGCCUGGAUCCUGCGCUUCGUACGGAUACUGGACCAACCCCAACGACACCUCCUGCUACGACACGUACAACGCAUCAAGCCCCCUCUUCACCGACCUCAGCCCCGAAAACACGGGCAACCGCCAAUGGUGGUGGUUCCUCUGCAACGAGCCCUUCAAGUGGUGGCAGGUCCGCGGCCUGGGCAACCUCGUCUCCCGCCUCGUCAACCAGCCCUACUUUGAGCGCCAGUGCGGCCUCAUCUUCCCCCGCGAGGGCAAGUACACGUACGGCAUCGCACAGGGCGCCACCACGGCCCGCGUCAACAGGGUCACCGGCGGCUGGUACAACGUCAACACGCACCGCCUCGCGUGGACGGCUGGCGAGUACGACCCCUGGCGGCCCGCGACCGUCAUGGCCGUCGAUCGACCGGGCGGACCGCUCCGCUCGACAAAGCAGCAUCCUGUGUGGGUGGUUCCAGGGGCCGCGCAUUGCGGAGAUAUGCUCGUGAGGAACAGGAAUGCGAACGAGGGCGUGCGGAACGUGUUUGAUAGCGAGGUCGCGAAUAUCAAGCAGUGGGUGCAGGAGUUUUAUGAGGAAAAGGGAAAAAAGGGAAACUAA